AUGUGUUUGGAACAACAAGAUCCUGAUGAAGAAUGUUUAAAGUAUGCAAUUAUCUCGCACAACAUAGAUUUUGUUACUUAUUUAAUGGAUGAAUAUCAAAUUGAUGAAAUGAAUUUAUCAGAUUGUUUAGAUUAUAAUAAUAUUCAAGCAUUCUUUUAUUAUUAUGAUCGAACUCAGUUAAUCAAUACAUGUUUUGUUUAUGUUCCUUAUUUUAAGAAUUUAUGCGUUUGUGAAUACUUCAUUCUUCAGGAAGUUGAUGUCAAUAAAAAAGACGAUCGCCAAAUAACAGCUCUUCAUUGGGCAUCACUUUCUAAUAAUGUUGAAAUAUUAGAUCUCCUCAUUUCUCACGGUGCUGAUUUAGAAGCAAAAGAUAAAUCAGGACAUACUCCUCUUCUUCUUGCAACAUAA